AUGCAGUCUGAAGGGCCCCCCCCCCCAUCUGCUGCUGCUGCUGCAGCAGGAGAGGGUACGGGUUGGUGGUUGAGGGGGGCCCCUUGGGGGCCCCCCCCUAGAGACGAUGAGAGGGGGGGGGCCCCCAGCUUAUCUGUAGGACUAAGAGGAGGGAUAGGGGGGGGGCCCCCGGGGGCCCCCUUGUCUAUAUAUGUACACACAGAUGCAUCGCUGAAGCUAGGGGAGGGGGUGUCUGUCUGCUGCUCCCCCCUGCCCCCUGACCUGCUGUUAGUUUCGUCUGUGAGUGGGGCCCCCUCUGCUUCUUCUGGUGCUGCUGCUGCUGCUGCUGCUGCUGCAGCUGCUGCAUCUGCUGCUGGAGCUGCAUGCAUUGAAGAAUCUCCUGCUGCAGCACCAAUAGAACCACCAGCACUAGAACCACCAGCAGCACCACCACCAGCAGCAGCACCAGCAGCAGCAGCAGCAGCAGCAGCAGCAGCAACACCACCACCAGCAGCUGCAGCACCUUUUAAUCGGGGGCCCAUCGGAGACAGAUACACUCAAAGGACGCCCGUGCUGCUGCAGGGGGCCCCCAACUACAGUAACAACCAGCAGCAGCAGCAGCAGCAGCAGAAGCCGCAGCAGCUGCAGCAGCAGCAGCAAGAGACAGAGCUGCUAUAUAUACGAAAGCUCACACACAAACAGCUGCAGCUGCAACUGCAACUGCAGCAGCAACUGCAGCAGCAGCAGCAGCAGCAGCAGCAACGGCUGCUGCGCCUCACAAACCUGCAGACCCUCAGGCCACGCAGCAGCAGCAGCAGCACGACAACCAACAGGGGCCCCCAGCAACGAGAGAAGAAGAGACAGUCUAGGGGGGCCCCCCCCUCUACCCUCAUACAGCUGCUGCUGCCCGCAGGGCCCGCUGCAGCUGCUGCAUCUGCUGCUGGAGCUGCAUGCAUUGAAGAACCUCCUGCUGCAGCACCAAUAGAACCACCAGCACUAGAACCACCAGCAGCACCACCACCAGCAGCAGCACCAGCAGCAGCAGCAGCAGCAGCAGCAGCAGCAACACCACCACCAGCAGCUGCAGCACCUUUUAAUCGGGGGCCCAUCGGAGACAGAUACACUCAAAGGACGCCCGUGCUGCUGCAGGGGGCCCCCAACUACAGUAACAACCAGCAGCAGCAGCAGCAGCAGCAGAAGCCGCAGCAGCUGCAGCAGCAGCAGCAAGAGACAGAGCUGCUAUAUAUACGAAAGCUCACACACAAAGUUUAG